GGUGAUUUAAUAGUUUCGAUAUAAAAAAUCACUCUAGACAUUUUUAUACGUCAAAUUGACGUGCUUUAUUUCAUAUUUAACUAUUUUUUUGAUUUUCGUAAAUGAAUUAUAAUUUGGACACCCAUUCUUCACGGAUGACACAUACACAUUUUUGUAUGCUUGAGGUUUCAUGAAUAUAUAAAGCAGAAUGAAUUUGUUAAAUUCAUAUAAAUUGAUAUACUACAUUUUCAUUCUUUUAUUUCGAUUUGGAAUUAAAUAUUCCAAAGGAACUGAUGAUCUGUCCAAUUAUCGAGAUGAUGUGCGGAUCCUAGACGUCGACCUUGCGAAAUCAGUCCAUUGUAUCGAUUUUGAGAAAAAAGCAAUAUUACAAUGUAAACCAAGACAUGUGCUGAUUGUUCACGCAGCCCAGUGGUCCGAUGCAUCAUGCCUUGAGAAAACUGAUUUCGAAGCUAAGCAAACAACUGGGAAGAAUUAUCACUUUUUUGACAGAACUGAGGUUUUGAAGCAGCUAUGUGACGGGUUUUCAUACUGCUUUCUAAAACCCUCUAAAACCAGGAAUACUGAAGCUAAUCACACCUUUCUAGGUGAUCCUCUUUACUAUCAUACUCUAACUAGUACCACUAACGUCUAUUCUUUAACAGUCUCAGUCUCUUGUUUGAACCGCGAACUCACAGUCAGAGGAAGAAAAGUAACAGACACUAUCGUUAACAAAGACAAGAACGUUGAGUUCGGCUGUAAUGAAGAUGAACAGAUUCAUUUAUCCGUUACAAGAGUUGAUGGAUACACACAAAACGGGCCUGAUCGCUCAUUAACCUUUUUCAAUUUUGGCCCAGAAUUAUUCGGCUGCCAUUUAAAACAAAAAUGCACCGUUACAACUGAACAACUCAGGAAAUGUGAAACCUUGAAGGAAAUGUCUUAUGGAACCGGACUAUUGGUUUAUUACUGUAGAAAGCCCUUGAGAUUCUCAUUUUGUGAUCAUGUUAAGGUAACAAAAUCAGGUUCUGAGAACGUUGAUAAAUUUGUUCUGUACGCAGAACAGGACUCCCAAGUAAGAGUCAAGGCACCAAUUUUUACUGUGCUCACUACUGAUUCGGCCGUUUGGUCAACUUAUGAUAAGUUAACUGACAAUGAAGUAAAAAAGGAUCGCAAAGAACUGUUGAGAUUCUUAUGCGAUAAUCGCAAUUAUUGUGCAUUUAGCCCUAAGCGCUCAGCCGCUGGCCCUCACGAGUCUUCUUUUGAAGAAGUACAUUUCGGAGGAAUUUUAAAUGAGACAAAGCCCCUUGUUCUCCUUGCAACUUUUUACACAAAACCCUUGAAAGAGCUAAAGAAUCUUGCUAACGAGGGUGUAAAAAGUGUAAAGGUGAACCUGGGAGAAAAACUUUCCUUUGCUUGCCUUGAAACUGAAGAAGGCACUCUGCACGUUCUUUCAGCUGUCGCUGGCCCCAAAGAUCAAACAGAUGUAGAUAACCAGACGGAUUCUGUUAAAUUUAAGGAUCUGACUAAAGUUAUGUAUAAGAUAUGUUAUCGUAGAAGGAGUUGCGAAUGGAACUUAAAUCCACAACCAGUCCACGAAGUUCUGGACCCCAAUAGUGUAACACGUUCUGCCCUGGAGGUAGCCUAUUUGUUGCAAAUGUCGAACAAACCAGCCCCCCAGAGACAGGAAACACAAGCACAAGCACAGAGUGUUCUCCCCUCCGGCCUGGCAGAACAGGAAAUUACAGUCAAGUACAUGUGUAAAAAGUAUACACAUGACCCAAGUCUGGUUGAUAUGCCCGGGCAGAAAGUAAAUUUCCUUGAAAUGUCACAGGAUGAGGUACACUCAUUAGUGGAUAAGGAGCAGGCAGAAACUGUCCAACUAACUACUAACACAAAGCUGUUUAUUAAUUUGGAGGUGUUUGGGAAUUUCAAGGUUCAUGUUGGGGACUUUUUCGAGAUAGAUGUGCCCGGGGGUACUACUAACACAGUCAACGCUUUCUUUCUGAAUAAUAAGGAGUCUAAAUUAACCCAAAAUUUGACAAGGCAAUCAACGAAAUACGUUUUCUAUUUGGGGUUUGCCAAGGGCAAUACUCUUGAGUUCUCACUGGACGCCUCUGAUGGAGUUAAUAGCGAGAAAGUGACUGGAAAGGUGACCGCAGCUUCAGAUUUAGUAUAUCCAAUUUCAUUAAAGGAUGUCGUCAAGGCAAAGGGAUCAAUAGUAGGUAUGCGAGUAUAUCUUGUAAAACAUAAUGUAAAUUAAAUGCG